CGCGAGAGACAAUAUACGGGUAUAUUGCUUGGAUCAAUAGGAACUAUUGAGUGAAACUCGUCGGUCUGUCAGGGAAUACGUAGAACAGGACGGGGAGUUGACGGAGGGAGGCGUUACGCAAGUCGUUCAACACAACACCAGCGUAGGGUCGGAGACUUGGGGAAAGAGAGAGAACCCAGAUGUGAGGAUCCCGCUAAGUUGACCACCUUGGACCUAGUCACGGAUGCAUAGGAAUAGCUACCACUGACUAUCAAACCAGGAACACAUAAGCAGUUUUGCUGAUACCAACCAUGGGAGAUAAUAUGCACACGACAUUUGUCUCAUUUGUUGUUCUAUUGAUAUCAAGAUGGACUCUCGUGGGUGGCAACUGUUCCAAGUUCUCCUCUGAUGGUACUCUGCACACGACCGUGGAAGUGGAUGGAGUCUGUUACUAUGGCUUCAUUAAUAACUUUCAAUACUCCGCCGCAGAGACACUUUGCUCGAGCGAGUGGACACAAUUACCGAACUUCCAGAACGAGGCAACCCAGGAGGCCGUGUACGCCGCGCUCGGAAGCCAAUACGGGCAGCACUGGUUGGGGCUGAAAAAGGUCAGCGGGACCUGGCAGUGGUGGGACCCUGUAUCUCUAACCGGAACUGCUAUGACGUCACCAAGAUGGGAAGGCGGCGAUUCCGGUGACUGUGCUUACAGCAUGACGAGCAAUAUGGGCGGCAAGUGGAAGGCGACUAGCCUGACCUCCGCUUACAACACAGUGUGUCAGGAGGCUGGAGUUCCGGCAACAGCGUCAGAGUCAACAACAACUACGUCCGCAGCAGCACCAACUACGUCCGAAGCAGCACAAACGACGUCCGAAGCAGCACCAAGUACGCCCGAAGCUGCAUCAUCCUGUUCUCGCGCAAUAUACGGAGGCGUGGAGGCAGCGCGGUUCGGUAAGCGCUCGACUCUAAUCGGAGUUGAGGAAACGUCCUUGAUGACCUUGACCUCCGCCACAAAGUGUGCCCUAGUAUGUGUCGCCCAAGUCAGCUGCUGCUCGUUUGUCUUUGACGUUACAACACACGCAUGUCGUCAUUUCCGGCCAACGUUUCUCGGCACUGACGUCAUCCCAACGUCUUCAGAAAAGUGUUACACUGUUGUGUAGAGAAGCUUCAUGCCUUGGCGUAGUUGAAUGAAAGCAUUCAUUAUUGCUCCUUCAUUCUCAUCCCGAAUGACAUCGCGAAUGACGUCCCGAAUGAUGUCAAGAAUUCGCUUCAGAUGGAUUGGGGACACAACACCAUGCUUGCUUUCACAUAACGGAGGUCGAUAAAAGUCCUGGACCCAUUUAACAACGAUCAACAAAUCAUCACAGGAGUCCAAGCUAGACGCGUUUAUACGAGCCGUCCCAGGCGAAACCGGGAACAAACAUUUUCUUCUGUUGAAGUAGUAGAAAUCAGUAUUAGUUAGAGCCACGUCUCGGUGGCCGACAAGGGCUGACAAAUCAGAAUAAGCAGUAAUACUGUAAGCGGUAUAAAGAACUAAAAUAAGAUGAUUACCCCUUUCUAGAACAGUAGAUCAAUUAUAUUCUGUGGUGAGACCAACGGGAAUGUCCGGGCAGGAAUAAUCAAGCAAAACACUUUCUAGGGGAGAUAAUCUAGCAACAUGCCAACCGCGAGCGUUCUGGCAGAAAUAAUCAAGCAACAACCCAACCACGAAUGAUGUCCAAGCAGGACUAAUCUAGUAACAGGCCAACCACGAGCGUUCUAGCAGAAAUAAUAUAGCAAUAGGCCAACCACGUAUGUUCUAGCGGAGAUAAUCUAGCAACAUGCCAAGCACGAAUGUUCUAGCAGGAAUAAUCUAGCAACAGGCCAACCACGACCGUUCUAGCAGAAAUAAUCUAGCUUCAUGCCAAGCACGAAUGUUCAAGCAGGAAUAAUCUAGCAACAGGCCAACCACAGUCGUUCUAACAGGAAUAAUCGAGCAACAGGCCAACCAAGACCGUUCUAGUCGGAUAAUCUAGCAACAGGCCAACCACGAACGCUCUAGUCGGAAUGAUGGAGCAACAGAACAACCACGAAUGUCCUAGCAGGAGUAAUCUAGUAACAGGCCAACCACGAUCGUGCUAGCAGAAAUAAUCUAGCAGCAGAACAACCACGAAUGUUCUAGCAGGAGUAAUCUAGCAACAGGCCAACCACAAACGUUCUAGCAGGAAUAAUCUAUCUUCAUGCCAAGCACGAAUGUUUUAGCAGGAAUAAUCUAGCAACAGGCCAACCACGAUUGUUUUAGCAGGAAUAAUCUAGCAAGACACCAAACAUGAACGUUUCAGUAAGAAAAACUUAGCAAUACAUCAAGCACGAAUAUUCCAGUAGGAAUAAUCUUGCAACAGACUGGUACGCACAAACGUUCUAGCGGAAAUAAUCCCGAAUAGAUCCACAGGAAACAUUCUCCCAUGAUUUUUCCAGCAAGAUUGAUUGACUGAUCUAAUGCUAAUGUCCCGCACUGGUGUACAUAACUGUAAUAACGUCAUCAGUAUUAGACACGCACUAAAUCUUUCUUAUAACAAAAUGUGAAACUGAAAUUGUUUUUUCAGAAUUGUUUCAACCCUUGGACCGUUUUUGUAUGCAGCGUGUUUGUUUGUUUGUUUGUAUACACUGCACUCAUCACGAUUCAUGCCAAAAUCCCGGACAAAAGUAAAUACACACAUGGAAAUU